GUCAGUCAUUCAGUCUGUCCGCGGCAUUGCGCUUUUCUAGUCUACGCUUUUUUCUCCAACAGUGUGCGCGUAAAGCAUUGAGUAUAUUUGAGCGUUUUGAAGUUGUUCAAGCACAUAAAUAUGAAAUUUUUUUCCACAUUUGUUGCGCUUUUCCUCAGCUGCCUUAUUUUCCAUUACCAUUGCAAUGCACAGCCAGUUGAUCAAGCGGCAGCAGCGGGUAUUGUAAUCGAUGCGGCACCUUCGGUGGUCUCCUAUCAGGGUUCGUCGCAGGCGCAUGCGCACCUUGUAUUAGCGCCUAUGGGUCGUUCGUUGGGCUAUGUGGAACCAUUGGAUGUGAAUCGUACAUUGGCGCGAAAUGAACGCUUAGAUGAGCGACACGAAGUGCUGGAUAUUAGCCCGGUGUAUGUGCCCGAGUGAAGGGCGCGUGCGUAUUGUGUGGCAUGUAAAUGUGUAUGGAGAUAUUUAUGAAUAAUGUGCAUCGGUGUAUAUAUCUACGUAAAUUUGUUUGCAAGCAGAAUUAAUCAAAAAUAGUGUAUAAAAAAUGCUUGCGUUUUCCUAUCUAUUUGUGUUAGUAUUUUAAGUUUAGUUAAUCAUUAGCGAAUAUUGCAUUUUCUGAUGAAUUUAAGGAGCUUUAGAAAACUGUUUAUAGCAAAAAUGCAUUAAUUGAAGAUACAAAUUUGUGUUAUGUAAAUUAUAUAAAAAA